CCUAACGGACUGAGCUGUCAAUAAACUCAUUAAGUCGUGAAGUACAAAUGGUGAAUCGAGGAUCAAUUGACUCGUGGAGACCAAAUUGAUUCUGAAACCGUACAUCUGACAUUUUCGAUCUAGCCAAUAGUGUGAUGGCGCGUGCAUAUAUAACACCCCCAACUGUAUUCCAAUCACUGUAUGAAGUCCAGAACAUCAGGGAAAUGAUUUACGCUACCGGAAAUUUUAACAAUUUAUCAAACAAGUAAUUAAGCAGCUGCCGUCCAUCGGUUAUUCUAACAUGGCAUUUGAUUGUGGAAUGUUCCAAAAAUUGAAGAAAACGAGAAACGUUCAAGAACCACGGGAUCUGGAAAGCCAGUUGCCAGAGAAAUCAUCGGAUGUAUCAACAGCUCGAGAACGGAGAAACAUGUUUUAUUGUAAGAGUCCGGAUUGGAGUGAAUUUGAAGGGUCGUUUUCGCGUGAACUGCUAGAAUCAAAGAACUCUGAAAAACUACACAGAUUCCUGAUAGAGAUAUCCCACAUAUUAACCGACUAUAUUACUAAAGAAAACGACAGAGCAUCUAAAGUUUUAGAUUUUCACCAUCCUCAUCAACUACGUGAAAUGAUGGACCAUUGUCUGGACAUUGAUGAAAAUCCCAGAGACCUGGAACAGAUUCUCAGUGACUGUAAAGAAACGCUGAAGUACUGCGUGAGGACGGGUCACCCCAGGUUCUUUAAUCAAUUAUCAACUGGAAUAGAUAUCAUCGGUGUGGCUGGUGAAUGGUUAACAGCAGUCUCUAACACCAACAUGUUCACAUACGAAGUGGCUCCAGUAUUUACGCUGAUGGAAGAGGUGAUAUUAAAACGAAUGAUGAAUCUGAUUGGUUGGGAAAAUGGUGACGGAAUUUUCGCGCCAGGUGGUGCAGUUUCUAACCUUUACGCUGUAUUAUUAGCACGACAGCGACAUCUUCCUCAGGCUAAACUCAAUGGUAUGAAUGGUUGUGGUGAGGCCGUUAUCUUUACAUCUAAACAGAGUCAUUAUUCAAUCAAGCGAGCUGCGGUUAUCUUGGGAAUAGGAUCUAACAACGUCAUCUAUAUUGACUGUGACCAAAGAGGGAAGAUGUUAAUUAAAGAUCUGGAAGAUAAAAUAUUGGCAGCUAAACAGUCGGGUAAAAUACCACUACUAGUUAACGGCAUGGCAGGUACCACUGUGCUUGGUGUUUACGAUCCACUGGAAAAAAUUGGUGAAAUUUGUGAAAAAUAUGAUAUCUGGUUUCAUGUAGAUGGAGCCUGGGGAGGUUCGAGUUUACUAUCAAGAGACCACAGACAUCUUUUACAUGGAGUAGAAAGGGCCGAUUCUAUGACGUGGAAUCCCCAUAAAAUGAUGGGCGUACCCUUACAGUGUUCAGCUAUCUUAACAAAGCAUAAAGGUGUUUUAGAAGAAGCCAACCAGAUGAAUGCUAAUUAUUUAUUUCAAAAAGAUAAAAACUACGAUACAUCGUAUGACACUGGCGAUAAGACGAUACAAUGUGGACGACAUAAUGAUGUAUUUAAACUAUGGUUAAUGUGGAGAGCUAAAGGCGAUGCAGGGUUUGAAGAUCAACUGAAUAAAAAUUUUGACUUAUCCAAGUACAUGCUAGAGAAGGUCAGGACCAGAGAUGGAUUCCAUUUAGUUAUAGAAGAGAUAGAAGCACCAAAUGUAUGUUUUUGGUAUAUACCUUUAAAAUGGCGAUCUCUACCAUUCGCUCAAAUUGAACACAAACAACUGAAUAAGAUUGCACCAAUGAUAAAAGCUCAAAUGAUGGAAUCGGGAACGAUGUUAAUACAAUAUCAGCCGCUAGGGGAGCUGCCAAACUUUUUCCGGGUUGCCAUGUCUAACCCGGUCAUAACGACACGUGAUCUCGACUUCCUUUUAGAUGAGAUCGAUUGUUUGGGUAAAGAUUUGUAACACAAGUUACAUAACCUCGCAACGCCCCUACCCUCUUUGAUUAUAAUUUGCAUACUUUAACCCUUCUGACCCCCCUUUUGAUUUGAUUACUCUAAUCCCCCAGAAACCCAAUUUUGGUUUAACCAUUUGACUACCCCCUUUGAUCUGCAUACGUUAAACCUUUUGAUCUACAUACGUUAAAAGACCUUUUGAUCUACAUACGUUAAAACCUUUGAUCUACAGACCUUAAACCUUUUGAUCUGUAUACUUGGAACCUUUUGAUCUACAUACGUUUAACCCCUUGAUCUACAUACGUUCAAACUUUUGACACCCCACAAAGAUAUAUUUAAAAACAAUUAGCAGCAAAAGCUAAAAUCUAAGAUUCCUGUAUGGGGCAGAAACCAUACUCUAUUAUUUGUUUUAUUUAUUGUUAUUGUUGUUAUUUGUUGUUAUAAUUGUUAUUAUUGUAGACGUGGUCGAUAUUUUAUUAGCCAUCUUGAACUAUAUGAAAUGUGAUUGCAUUCAUUAUAUAUUUUAAAAUUGGAUUGCUCUAUCAAUAAUUUAAUACCUCUUCCUCUUUGUCAAAUAUUCCUUCUAGCCUUUGGAAAUUAGUGUGCCAUGUUAGAUAUAUACAUACAUGGGAAUCAAUGAUUUGCGAUAUUCCAUGUGAUAUUUGUGUAUGGCAAAUCUACGGUUCGACAUUCGUUAACAGAUUUUAAAAUGCAACCAAAGGAUAUAAUUGAGACAGGGGUGGGGUUGGAUUUGAUGUCUCGUGAACUAAAUAUUUCUGUCGUAGGAGAAAGUGUCGGACACAGGAUAUUUGUUUGGUCCUCCGAGGAUAUUUUAGAAAAAUCGGGGUGAUUUGUAGCUCAUAUCUGGACCCGAAUAUAACAUUCAAGCAUAUCCCCUGCAUCACUCCAACCAACAUAAACCUCAUGACUUACGUUUUUCACAGAAACAGAAUAAUAAGCUAACUUUGUAUACUGUAAUACAGUGCGGGGCGGAGCGGGGGCGGGGUCUUUGGGGAGACGCAAUUUGAUCCUAUAACUAUUGUUACUGAAAUUCCAUUUAUAACCGCCUUAUCGUACCAUAUCCAACGAAUAGCUAAGCUUUCGUUACUCUUGUAAAAUUAUAACCGGACUUUAAGAAACUCUAUCGAUUCUUGUUGGCUGCCCCAAACCUAUCGGGCAAUAAUAGCUUGUCGAACUGUACAUUUCCCAACAAAAAGUCAUUGGUGUGUUGAUAAAUCAGUUUUGUCUGAAUUAUUGGCGUCUUCUGGCCUUUUCAUUGGAAAUUAUUUAAUAUGGAACAUUAGUAUGAACACAACACCGAGCUCAGUUUAAGGGUCACAAAACAUUUGAAGAGCCCUGGGGAAGAACGAUCUAAGUCACAUUUUUGUCUUUUCGCAUAAAACACAAAACACGCUUUGAAAUCUGAAGGACAAGAUUGCUUGACGCGACCCGGACGCUUUAGAUUUAGAUCGUUCUCGACCGGGAGACCAUUUCAGAAGGGCCCUAGUUUGAUGUGACUCAGAUCGUUUUUACCUGAAAUCGAUUGUUCCACAGAAAGCUUAUACGCUUUGCUACCAGAUGGGGGCAUUAACUGGGGUUCAUGGAAAAAGGUGACUUAGAUCGUUCUUUCUCUGGGCUCUUCAUUUGUGUCACUGAGAAAAUAAACAAUUAACAGAAUCUGUUUUGGUGGUGCUGGUAAAUGGUUAUAAUGUUUUAAAUUAAAACUAACAGCUUUGUAAUGAUUUUGAUUUCUAAAAGUAAUUAGAACUAUAAAUGUCAAUUCUUUGACAUGCAUUAAGGUUAAAAUAAUUCUAGAUAGUGUAGUAAUAAUAACAUCUUAUCACAAUCUGAUUAAAAUACAGAUCUAUAUUUCGUUUCGUUUUUUUAUAUACUUUCGAAGGCCUCUACUACAUGAAGAUCUGACCUGUUGUCGUGGGAGGUCGCUUCAGAGGUCAUACGGCAGGUUUUUUACCCUAUGACAUCAGUCAUUUGAUUAAUCAAUCAGCGUUGAUGUUUCUUGUGGUUAACCACAGUUCCGUGCAACUCACACCAAAGACUCGUGGUAACAGACCAUUUCAUUAGCUAAUCCCUCACAUCAUCCAGAACACAGGUUAUAUAACAACUCUUCCAGAUCCUAGUGUAGUAAAGACAAGUAAAACAAAAUUUUGAACUAAAAAAAAACGAAACGAAAUAGGAUCUGUGUUUUAAUCAGAUUGAUCUUAUCAAUAACUACUCUAAAGUGUGUUGUCUUAAAAGUUAUAGAUACUAGAAAAUGAAAAAAAAAAUAUUUGAACAAUUAAUACUCAUGUGCUCACUAAUUUUUGCAUCAAAUCACUAGCUUAGAUCUGAUAUUUAAUAUACAAUUGUAUACGGAGGUAAUUGUGUGAUAGCCAUAUGGAAAC